UUUUUCCGUGAAAUUUCAAGAAAUAGCUCUAUCCAAAAAUUUAUUUGAAAAAAAAACUCCGUUAAGAAUGUUGUUAAAAUUGACUUGGAUCUGCUUGAUUGGUGUAGUCUUGGCACAAGACUAUCAAGAAUAUCAACAACAUAGACCAGCUCCGACUCGCAUUCAAACUAGCGCCUCAGAACCAAAGCCAACACCCAUACCAAUUCUCAAGCAAAUCAACAGACACAACGAGGAUGGAUCAUACACUUAUGGUUAUGAAGGUGCUGACGGUUCUUUCAAAAUCGAAACUAAGCUAGCUACUGGAGAAGUUAGGGGCAAAUAUGGUUACGUGGAUGCAGAUAACAAGGUUCGCGUCGUUGAGUACGGAGCAAACAAAUUCGGAUUCCAGCCUUCCGGUGAAGGUAUAACAGUGGCUCCACCCACUCUUGUCGACGAAACAACCGAUAAGAAUGGUCAACAAAUCCCUGACUAUGAAGACGAACAGCCACAACGACAACAACAACAACAACAAAAGCCAUACAUUGCUAGAAUUCCUCGACCUCAGCCACAACCCCAACCCCAGCCACAACCUAGACCACAGAUUCCACAGAGACCACCUCAGCAACCGCACUACUUCCAAUUUGAACAACAGGAACAACAACCUCAAUAUUUAGCCCCAUCAGUAGCCCGUGCACAAAUUGAAAAUGCGGCCCCAAUUGAUGUUGUCUACUCGUCUCGUCAACGCGCUGCUCGUCCCGAUCCGGAAUAUAGUCAACAGCAAACCUUUAUUCCAGCUCCUCCACAAGUGCACGAACAUCAACCUAGUUAUGCUCCAUCACCAAUUGCUCGUUCGUUUCCACCAGCUGCGAGACCAGUUCAACAAGCUCAACCAAUUGCCUAUUCAGCACCAAAAACUCUAUCCCAACCACAAUACCAUGCACCGCAACCACAACAGCAACAACAAUACCAAGCUCCACAACAACAACAACAACAAUACGCAGCUUCAUCAAACCAAGGUCGAAGCACAAGUGUACUUGAUCAAUUAGCUAAAGACUUUGCGUUGCCACAAGGUGGUUCACCAGCACUUCAUGACAUUACAUACUCGUAUUAUUAGACUUUGUUUAUUUGGAGGAUUCGCGGCCGUUGAGUUUGUUGAUUUACGCACAGUGAACUGACUUUUGUAUGAAUGUAAAUAGAACGAGACUACAUGAAUGAUGUUAAAAUUUAGGGCUGUUAUCGUAACAAAUUAUUUAUAAAGAAAACAUUUCAAAUUUUUGUAUUGUGGGUAAUAAAUAAUACUCUCGUCGAAUCAAAUAUA